GGUACUUUGCCUACCUAGGUACCCAAGUAUAUGAAAGAUCUGGGUCGUAACUCAUCCAUAUUUAACCUGAUAGGCGACUCUCAAAUACUCGCACUGGAGGACCAGUGAACUCUCGUCUCUUUUCAUUAUGGCUGUAUUGGGUGUUACGAAAGUUGGAUGGCACGACUGGGAUGAGUGGUUCAAGGGUGACUCAUCUCAAGAAGCAAAAAGAAAAUUUAAAGAAAGCGAGCAAAUUGAUAUUCCCGUUGUUGACAAAGAUGUCACUCGGGAACUAAUUCGCAUAACUAAGUGCAAUAUCGCUGCGAACGAGAAAGAGCUUCGCCAAGGAUUGGAACAGUUGAGCUUAACAGAACUUCAAGCAUAUGUCGCCCAGGAGAAAGCAAAUCUCGAACAAGAAGAGGCAGCAUGGAAGGAAAAGAGGCGGAAAGGCUUGAAACGUAUCACUACCGAGUUUCAGUCUUUUGCGGAGACCUUCGAGAGGUUUCUGAAGGGGUAUUCUGGGGUGGUGGAAGUUGCGCAAUUAGCAGACAAUGUUUAUGGGGGCGCUGCUACCGCGGCACUGACGAUACUGUUUGCAACUGCAAAACUGAAAUCCGCGAAUGAUCAAUCCAUCCAAUCUGCCAUGGGGCAAAUUGCAGACCGCCUUCCCGAUUUCAAUAUAUACCAACGAAUCUACGCCGACAACGAGCUGGCAGUCAUGCUUGCCACCGCAUUUACGGAUGUCAUUGUAUUCGCUCGAGAAGCGACUAUCUAUUUACAAUCUCACGGAGCUAUGAGAGUUAUUGUUAGUUUAGCCAAACCUCUAAGAUUCCAGGGACUGCAAGAUCAGAUGUUGGUAAACUUUAGGAGAAUUAGAGUCAAGUGUGAUACUCUACUGGCACAGCGAGUAGCUUCUCUGGCCGAAACGAAUGCUGAUCUCCUCAAUGAGUUGAACGAGGUGAAAAGCGAGCUAAAGGAGGCAAAGGUAGAGAUCCAAGGCCUCCAUGCGAGAAAGGAUGAUGAUUCAGCGAAAGCAUUGAACAGGUUUCUAGGGCGAGAAGUCUCUGACAGUAAAAGUGUUCGCGCAACUCGCCUAAUCAACAACCGCAACUUCCUCUCCAACCUAUUUGACGAGGUGAAAGAGGACUUCUCGACGAUGACCCUCCAGGAUAUCAUGCAGACGGUGAAGUAUCAGCUAUGGCAGCAAACUGAAUCUUCUUUGUUUAUUCUUCACGGCCGAAACGGGGUCGGCCUUGAGCAGAAAUACUCACAAUCAUGGCUUUCACCCUGUGCUCUCGACCUGGUUGACCAUCUUCGGGCGUCAGGCAAUGGCUACAUAGUCGCAUAUCCGAAGUGUGUCCCAGAACUCACUCUAGAAGACGUCCUGAAGGAUAUCAUCUCGGAAAUUACUGAUCUAGACCGACAAAUUCUUCGCAGGGGAAGUGACGUGCAGAACAUCAAAGAGAAUGUUGGUCAUGGUCUGAUCAAAGGGGCUGCUAAAGCUCUGUUGACAGUGGUCAAUCGGUGCCACUCUCCAGUUUACAUUAUAAUUGACCGACCGGAGACCUGUCGGCGCGGGAACCGCGGUGAUAUGUGGUUACUUGUAAAGGAGAUGUUUGCCAUAGUGAAAGGGGCAACAAACCAGCUGAGGAUCUUGAUGGUUUUGAAAACCGAUGUCUGGGAUAUAAGCGAAAGGAUAUCUGACUUUGAUCAACGAGAUCAAAAGUCAGGAAAGUUGGUUGUGUUGCGAAGAAAUCAACAUGAGUUAUAGAUACCUACCUAGGUAAUAAUACUGGCACUGGCUUGUGACGCCUCCGAGUGCCUUCGGAACUGCGCUUUAAUUAGGGAAACGAGCAGGGAUUAAGACAAUACUUCUUUUAUGUAAAAAAAACCUCAUAUAUUACUACGUAUCUCCUUGAUAAGUAUACCUAAAAAAAAGUAAUAAUCUUCAAAAGAUAAAUAUUCCAUUAAAAAUCAUUAUAUUGGCUAACC